AUGUCGUGCCAGCGCGUCCUCGCGACCGCGUCGACGUCGUUCGCGCGCCCUCACGCGCGCGCGCACGCCGUCCGCGCGCGAUCCCGCGUCGCGCCGCCGCCGCCGAGUCGCGGGUCGCGUCUCCGCGUCGACUCCGCCGUGGGAUCUUCCCUGGACGAGCCCGUCGUGUCGACGUCGACGUCGUCGCCGUCGCGCGGCGCGAGGACGAGCGAUAGCGAGAAAGCCGCGCUGUCGAUCGUGGACAGCAACGACGACGUGUUCGCGGAGUACCUCGACUCGCAGGUGGAGCUCGUCGCGCACGCGCUCGGCAGAGGCGCGCGCGCGAUGCUCUACCUCCGCGCCGAGGACGACGCCGGGUCGCUGCGGCUCGCGGAGGUGUCGUGCUACCCGAAGCGGCGACCCCACAGCAGCUCCGGCGAGAACUGGAACGAGGACCACGACGAGGACGACGACGACGGCGAUUACGCGCACUCCCUCGAGCGCCUCUCCGGCGAGAGUGGCGGCGACGCGGCGCGAGACGCCGCCGCGGAGACGUCGCAGGCCAUCACGCUGAGCGGCCGCGGCGGGUCGUUCGACGGCUCCGUCGACGAAUUCGACGUCGAGGGCGGCGCGACGACGACGAGUCAGCAGACCAACGCGGAGGCGCUGCUCGUGAAGCAGCGCGUGUUCGCGCUGCCGUCCACGAACGCGCUCGUCGUCCCGCUGAGCCGCGAUAACGCCCUCGUCGGCCUUCUCGUCGGCGAGAUGCCGGAGGGGGGCGGGUGGAAGCGUAGGGUGAGCGCGCGCACGCGCGCCAAACGCGCCAAGGAGGGCAGCAUCGGGUUCGAGUCCGAGCCCGAGGUGGAGGUGCUCGAGGAAGCGGCCGGCGCGAAGGACGCCGCGGACACCGCGGAGGUGUUCGGCGACCGCAGACAGGCGGCGCUGACGGCCGCCGCGCGCGCCAUCGUCGCCGCGUGGGCGAUGCACCGCCGCGCGGAUUACGCCACCGCCGCCGCGGUGCGAAGCGACCGCCGCGUCGCCGGGUUCACGUACGCCGCGAAGGAGCCGCUCACGGCGCUGAAAACCCUCGGCGGGAUGCUCUCGUCGCACCUGAAGCCGGACACGCCGUCGCGGGACAUGGCGGAGGCGAUGCUCGCGCAGGGGGAGACGUUGGCGUCGCUCUCCGAGGAGCUCGAGAGCGCGUUGUACCCGGCGAGCGCCGUGGAAGAGCUCGCGUCGGGCGCGCGCGGACUCGGGUCUGGGUCCGCGGGUCUGGGUCAGAGGAGGGGGAUGAGCGCGGGGCUCCCGAGCGGCGAGCGCGCGAGGCGCGCGCCGCUGUUGCCCGCGCCGGGGACGACGACGACGUCGACGACGACGUCGACGACGACGUCGACGACGACUCGGGGCGCGAUUGGCGCGUCGUGCGACGUCACGCCCAUCGUCGCCGGUUUGCUCGCGUCGUCCGAGGUGCUCGCGAAACCCGCGGGAGUGACGAUGACCGCGACGUUCCCGCCGCCGCCGACCAAGGCGCUCGUCGCCGCGGACAGCAGGGACGUCCACGAGGCGCUCGCGCUCGUGAUCGACGCGAUGCUGGUGGCGGCGCCGAAGGGCGCGGAGGUGACGGUUGUCGUCAGCGCCAACGGCGGCGCCAAGGGCGGCGUCGUCGUCGCCGCGUCCGUCACCGCGCACGGGGACGACGACUCUUGUCGCGCGGGGGCGUUGGCGGACGCGGUGGACGGGUUGGAUCUCGACGCUAAGAGCGCGGGGGAGACGCGGAGUUUGAAGAUUGCUCGGAGUUUGGUGGAGGACGCGGGGGGGAUAUUUCACGCGUUGCCGUCGCUGCCGCCGCGGGUGGCGCGCGUGGAGUUGUGGCUUCCCGCGGCGGCGGCGGCCGCGGCGGCGUCGUACGACGAGGACGACGACGCGGAGGAGGAGGGGGGGGAGGAGGAAGAGGACGACGCCGUGGACGUGUGAGCAGGGUGCCCGCCUUAUACAGACAGACCUAGCUUAUCGUCGUAAAGGGAACCUGCAACUACGCCGGGCAGACUCGGAGAAAACAUUCGCCGCCCUCCCGCCCGCCGCGCGAAAGGUCCAUUCCAAUAAAUCUCUCGCCGUCGCGUCGCACAUAUCGCCGGCCGCGCGACGACGACCGGGGGCGCCGCCGCGGUUCUGAGCGUCGUCCGCGCGCGAGAUGACGGGCACGGCGACGACCCCGCCCGCGGUCGCGUCCGGGAAGAAGACCCGAGGCCCGAAGCCGAAGCCGCGGCAGCUCGGGCAGUGCUCGCAUCUGAAAACUUUCCUCGCGCACGGCGGCACGAGGGUGUUCGCGCCGCUCGCGCGGUGCUGCCUCGCCGCGAAGUUCCCAGGGCAGAUGCCGAAGACGAGGAUGGACGCGACGAUGGUGCGUCGGAGGCGAUAUUCUCGACUCCGCUCGCGCGACGGACGCGACGCGAACCGAGCCGAACCGACGUGGGGCCCGCGACGUCCCCGCCAUCCCCGCCGAUCGCGCGACCGCCGAUCGAUCGACCGAACGAUCGAACGAACGAUCGAACGAACGACCCUCACCUCGCCCGUCCCCGCCCACCCCCCCGCCCCAGGCGUGCCUCGGCUGCGCGAAGCUCUGCACGCGCGCGCAAGCCCCCGCGCACAUGAAAUCCCAACCCCCGCCGCCCGCGGGG